AUGGGGCAAUUAGCAUGUGCACAGGGUAAAAGGCCAUAUCCACGCAUCAUUCAUCGAGAUAUUAAGUCAUCAAACAUCCUUGAUCACAACUUUGAAGCUCAAGUUUCAGACUUUGGGCUUGCAAAAUUGGCAUUGGACUACAUAGUAACUUUGUCCAGGUACAUGGCACCAGAAUAUGCUACAAGUGGGAAACUAACUGAAAAGUCUGAUGUAUAUUCCUUUGGGGUUUUGCCUUUGGAGCUAAUUACUGGUCGUAAGCCUGUAGAUGCAUCUCAGCCAAUUGGUGAUGAGAGCCUGGUUGAAUGGGCUCGGCCUCUGUUGACCGAAGCACUUGAUAACGAGGACUUUGAAAUUUUGGUAGAUCCAAGACUGGGAGAGAAUUAUAAUAGAAAUGAGAUGUUUCGGAUGAUUGAGGCUGCUGCAGCCUGCGUACGCCACUCAUCAGUAAAGAGGCCGCGGAUGAGUCAGGUCGUGAGAGCUUUAGAUUCCUUAGACUAGUUUACAGAUCUCAAUAAUGGAAUGAAACCGGGGCAGAGUUCGG